CUUUUCAUAUCAAACAAAUUUGUGCAUCAGAAUAGUUAACAUGGCUUGCAUCCAUAAAUCCAUUAUUUUCUUCGGUUUUAUUGCGGUAGCCCAUGGAGUGGGAGUUGUAUUGCAAGGACCAAGCAUCUAUCAACCACAAUUGCUGACCAAACAAGUUGAAACCGUUGAUCUCAGGCCACAAUAUACUUUCAGCUAUGACGUCAAAGAUCCCUCAACUGGUGACAUCAAGAACCAAAUAGAAUCACGAGAUGGUGACAUCGUUAAGGGUUCAUAUUCUUUAUUGGAUAGUGAUGGUUUGACUAGACUCGUUCAAUACACUUCAGAUGGUGUUAAUGGAUUUAAUGCCGUUGUAACACGAACGGGAACCAAACAGAUCUUAGCUGCUCCAGCUCCUACUUUGAUCAAGAGUAUUCCUCUUCUUCAACAACCAACUUUGAUCAAAUCAAUUCCAAGCAUCCUUCAAGGACCUUCUAUCAUUAGGUCACAAGGUCUUCCUCUUCUAGGUGGCCUUGGCCUUCCAUCUCUUGUGCAAUCUCCUCAACUGUCGUAUGGUUCACCAUAUUCUGGGGCAUACUCAAGUAGCAGUUUGAUAAGGUCACCACCAUCAAUAGGAUUGGUCUCAAAGUAUUAAAUGCUCAUCAUUGCUACUUAAAUUAGAAGGACUGUGUUAUAUUUAAUGAAAUAGCCGUACUUUUUUAAUAAUCUUAUAUAAUUCUUUUUUAUGUUAAAUAAAAUCUAUAUGUAUUAA